UAAAAUGCAAGGAGAUAGUACGAUGGAGGAUAUGAGGAAUAACUUGAAAUCCGUCGUGACUUCGAAUCUUGAGAGCAAUAAGAAAGAAGAAAAGGAAGGAAAUGAAAUACUAGCUCUUCUCAAUCUUUUCAUAAACACAAAAAUUACUAAUUCUUUCUUAAUUCUCGCCUCAUGCAAAGCUAGCAGUCGGGACAGUGAACUAAUGAAGACAUUUAAGAUAAUUAUUAAGAACACUAAAGACUUGAGUUAUAUUCAAAAUAGACAUCUACAAGUCAGUGGAGCAAUCAAUAGCAUAGAAACCCUUAGAAGCGAAAAGGCAGAGCUUGGCAAAAAAUUGGAAAAGUUGGGUAAACUGAAAUCAAAACUAGAGAAUGAUAUUUUUAAAUCCUUCCUUGAUUUCAAGACUCUGCUUCAUCAGAGCAUUGAAAGCUCAAAAAGGAAGUAUACUAACUUCCUUCCAUACUCUUACAAGUUCCUUCUUGAAAGCCUUCAUUCAGGAUGCGUUUUUGAUGCAUUCAAAGAGGAAAAGAAGUCAGAAUGUUGGAUUUCACCUUAUACUGAAGUUUCGAAAAUGGCCAGAUUUAGUUUUAAAGUGGAGUACAAUAUAGGCAGAGAGACAAAAGUUGCACAAUUAGAUCUCCCGUUGGUAUAUAAAAUGAAUAUCGAAGAAAUGACGAGAAAGCCCCUCCCUGAUCAGUUGGAAAAUGAUAUCAGAAGGUACGCAUUGAAACAUCUUGUUGAACAAGGAGUUUCGCAAGAUUCCUGAGAGGAUCUUACUCUCAGAAUAGUCAACCAACCAGAGAUAUUUGCUCUUGAAAUCGAGGGAUCUUUUGAAGAGGAUGACAUCCACUCAACUACUUCUACUUCUUCUGGUCUCUAUAAGCCGAAGACUUCAUUUCGGUCUACUAAACCAAUGCUUGAUUUAUUCUGCAAAAUCAUGAAUAAAAAUGAUUUCAUCGUUAGUGAUCUGUUCAAAAUCUGAAAAGAUGAUAAAAGAGUAAAGGAGUACUACCCAAAGCAUAUAGUGCUAUGGAACACAGAGUAUUCUUGCUCUGAAGUAUACACUCUUCAAGCAUUCAAGUAUGAGGAUCAUAGAGGCAAGCAGUGAGUCCAGGGAUUCUAUAGCGGAACAUAUAAUCUCAAAGAAGAUGUCCAGGACUAUAGCGAACUCUUUGAUGAGAUCAAACAUAGAGAUGUAUACCCUACUCUCAUUAUUUUUGAGUGUUAUGAAACCCUUAAAUGUGAAGUUGAAGAACGGAAGACUACAGGCUCUCAGUUCGUCAAAACUUUUAAUUCAGAACAUAAAGAAGACAAAUAUACAUAUGAACACAAAGAAGAAGAGGAUGAUUUUGAUUACUAUUCUUGGGCAAGACAACUGAACCAAACAACAGGAAACUCAGGGAGUAAUCCUAGGGAUGAUGAAUGGGAAUGAGAGCAUUGUAGAAUGGUUAAUUCUAUUGAAAACUAUUACUGUAGAAAAUGAUUUAAGGAUAAUGACAUUUUAAAAGAGCUAUAUUUUCAGAAGAAGAUUUAUAAUCGUCCUGACUCUCUAAAAUAUGAGAGCAGAAAGCCAAAACCCAUUAAGGCUGAUAGAGGAAUUACAGGAAUUACAUCUACAACAGAUGAUAGGCUUACCAACACAUUCAAGCCUCGGGACAGAUUCAAUGAACUAAAAGUAAAGUGGACUUGAAGAUUAUGCGGGUUCCAAAAUUCUCCAAUAGCAGUGGGAUGCGAGAGCUGUCAUAAACUCAGAGAAAACUGAGAUAUUAAAGAGCCACAUUGAAAAGAGUGCCUAAAAGCUCUUAAUAAAAAGAUAAUUCCAAAAUGUAAAGACUGAAGAGCAAAGGAAGAGAGGAAACAGAGAAGAAUUAGCCAAAUCAAAGCUGAGAAAAAGGUUGAAAUAAACAAUGAAGGCUCUCUUUCUUUCCAAUGAAAAGAAUGAUAUAUAUCGUAUUCGCGUCCAGAUUGGAUACCUAUGAGUAAAGGCUGAUGUCAAAAGUGAGGCACAAAGAAAAUCUUUAGAAUCAAGUGUGAUUUGUGCCAAACUAAAGGCACUAGAGCCGCUGAUCUAAUCGGUCAUCCUUGAGUAACAAAGAAAACGACUUUACACAGUUCAACAGCAGGUAAAAGAAAUACUUUAGUAGGGACCAUGUCAGGAAUGAGGUUUUAA